UUUGCGUUUGGGUUAUCCGGUGUCUUGCGCCCUGCUUUCUCGUCUAAAGUCACACCCUAUUAAAGGAACGGUUGAUGAGAGUUUUAUCGUCAUUUAUUCUCCAACCGGCGAGAAUUGCCCUCACGGGUAUGUUUGUGGGCUUCUGAAGGCUCGAAGGUUGAUCAUGGCUUUCAGGGAGCUGAAAGUUUGCCUACUAGGGGACACAGGCGUCGGCAAAUCCAGCAUUGUUUGGAGGUUUGUGGAAGAUAGUUUUGACCCGAACAUCAAUCCGACAAUAGGGGCUUCUUUUAUGACAAAAACUGUGCAGUAUCAAAGUGAGUUGCACAAGUUUCUGAUCUGGGACACAGCUGGUCAGGAGCGGUUCCGUGCUUUGGCACCGAUGUACUACCGUGGGUCAGCUGCUGCAAUCAUUGUGUAUGAUAUCACAAAAGAGGAAACGUUGCAAACAUUGAAGAACUGGGUUAAAGAGCUGCGACAGCAUGGACCUCCAAAUAUAGUAGUAGCAAUUGCAGGAAACAAAUGUGAUCUUACUGAUUGCAGGGAAGUACUUGAAAAGGAUGCCAAGGACUAUGCAGAUUCCAUCCAUGCAGUCUUUGUGGAGACCAGUGCCAAAAAUGCAAUUAACAUCAAUGAACUUUUUGCAGAAAUCAGUCGCCGUAUUCCUUCAACAGCUGUCAAUCAAGGAGCAAACAAUAAAGGAUUCAAGUUGAGGAGACCUCCUUCUGACAGAAAACACAAUUGUUGUUGACCAUUCUGGAAGCUCAGACUGACUUGGCAUGUGCAUGCCAGAAGGUUGAAGGAUCCCUGUAAAAACGUUGCUCUAGCAUACAGCCUUUUUGCUGUGCUAUCCUCAAUGGAAGAAUAAUCACUGCUCAUUAUAUUGUCUCAUUCUUCCACAAAAGUGCUUUAUGCAACACCUUGACAGGCACCUUGUCAACUGCUUGUGUUUUUCUCAACAGCGUGCAUGAGAGCAGAAAAGCCAUUGACCAGGGAAUGCUUAAAUUGUGACCUGGAGCUGUCUGAUGCAGAGGUGCAAAGGAAAACCAUUUAAUUUUCCUUUUCAUGUAAAUAGAUUAAGGUAAUACACAACAAAGGGAAACAGAAGCACUUUUUAGUUUAGAUUGUUUUCUAACAAAGAAUCAGACUUCAUUGAAAAUGCACUUUGCAGUUCUCUGCCUUGGUGGAACAGUCUGAAGUAGUUCUGUCAUUAAUACGUAUUGAACUAUUCUGUUCAUAUAACUGCUUCAAAUCUCACAAUAAAAGAAGAACCUGAUCCCUGAGUAAGGCAGCAGUUCAGUCUACAGAGUACACUUGGGAGUGACAGGAUCCAAAAACUUUGAAUUCCCUCUGAUACUGUUACCCUGUGCAAAUAUUAACGCUAUCUGAGUUAAAGUGGUUACUGCUGUUUCUAAGUGUGUGUUAUUUGGAGAAAAAUUGAGAAUGGCUUUAGAUCCAUAGCGGCUGAUUUGAUAAAUACCAGGUUUGAUCUGCUAUUUAUCUGUCUGGUGUCAGGUUUGAUCACCAGCCUCUACCAUUACUUGUUCUGUGCUGAGCAAGGGAUUCUAAGGUUGACUAAGAAGAACCUACUAUUCAUGUUCCUAAUUAUCUGCUGACGAUCUGCUAAUUGUGUAUGCACAUAGGUGACAGUUAAGGACAUGUUGAAUCUCUACUUAGGGUCAAAAACCCCACAAAACCUUAUGUAUGAAUAAUAGUUGGUUGGCUCCAUGAAACUGUACCUGAGCAAGAUAAACUGGGUAACAGUGGCAACAACUGUAAUAUACACAUAAUACCUACGUGCUAAUGUAUGUUCAGGGCAUUCUUGAUCCUUAAAUGCAAUGACAAAAGAUUCUAAUUGAUCUUAAAGAAAAUAAUGCUUUUUUUUAAGAAGUUAGCACAACUUCUAAAAGCGGUUCCUUAAAAUGGUUGUAUUCUUGGGCUGGAAUCUAACAGAAGGAAUCAAGUAAAUGGUGCAUUUUGUUUCUGCUGUCCAACUUGGGUAUGAAGGUAUUUGCAAACCACACUUGCUAAACCGGAUCUUACGUGAGCUUUAACAAGUAUAAAUUAGAGCACUAGUACUGAGGGUCUUAAGGGAACAGCCAUAUUAACACUAGCCUGAUUUCACCACUUACUAAAAGAAUGGACUACCAGAUAGCCAGAGCUUACAGGACUUGGUACUUAACCUAUUUUGUUUGUUGUUAUUGUUAACAGGUGCAGUAAAGGUAAGAGAAUUGUACAUCUUCAACUGGUGAACUCCAUUUAAUAUAGUAAUGUCAGCAAAGCACUUUCAUUAUGGAAGAAUCCAAAUCAAUCUAGACACAAUUGAAUGAAUAAUUCUUGGUUUUGUGCUCUUCAGAAGAGCAUUUCAGCACCAUUUAAUUGGAGUUGCCCACAGGCAACUGAGUGAUGAAGGGGUUUCUGAAGGUUAAUCACAAUAUUCUUUCCAUUGCCUGGCCUUUCGGCAUACCCCACCAGAUUUAUUGAUGUGUUUUUGUUUCCAAGCUGUGUAUGGUUUUUAAAAUCUACAGAUCCUAUUUAUGUGAGUAACUUAGAAGCCUCACACAAAAGAUUCAAAAUGGUUGAGAAAUCUGCUAUUGCAUUACAGAUUAUGAUCGCUCCUUUUAGCUUGAGGUCGAUGUUGAAAGUAGCCCACCCUGACUGCCAUUUAACAUUUAAAUGCGGAUUUUUUUUCUUUUAACAAACUUGUAUGCCAUACAGUAAACAUGUUUAUUAGAAGCUCACAGCAGGGACUGUCGUAUAUACAGGGAGUUGGAAAGCAGUACACAGGGGAGUAGGUGGGCCCAGGCAUUAAAAUGUUGUUUCCACCAACUGCAUUUUGAUGAGAAUAUGAGGAGAAAAUUUAAUGUUGACAGCCACAGUUCUGUCCUGUGGAGUCAUUUCUGCAUUCACACAAGAGGCAGCUGCUUACAUGGUUUUCCCAGUUCAGUUUCUGCUACAGUUUGUGUGACCAGUUCAGUAACAUUUUGUAGGUUAGGUAUAUGUGGUCUGACUUGGUAUCUCAAAUCAGCCUUAGAAAUAAGGAUCUUGAUCGUGCCUUUAAAGAUCUCGGUAUGUCCCAGAGAGACUUGUGUACCAUUCGAGUACUAUGAAGUGUCAAUCAUAUGAUAGUCAAUUUGCAGUAAUCUGCUAUAAAAACAGAUAAGUGCUUUAAGAUCUAGCUUGAGGAAUAACUACCAAAAUUUUGGAAAAAUUUUCACUCUUACCUCCAAGUAUCAAUGGCUGCUUUAAUCUGAAGGACACUACAAGCACUUUCGCAGAUGACUGCAUUGGAGUUUCAACCUGUAUCUGCAACCAUCUUCCUUUGUAGUGGUGUGGUUCUACCCAUUGAGUAUUUUCCUCUUGAUACUUCAUUAUUUCAGUGUCAAACAUCUGUCCAUCUCAGUGAUGAGGGUAAUUGCUCUCACCUUGCUUCUCGAAUUCAGCUCAUAUUUGGACAAAGCUCAGCAGAUGAAAGAUCCUGGUGUUACCCAAACUGGGCCUUGGUGAGCAGGUAAUUGAUGACUGUUGUCAUUUGUCACUCAUUCUUGAGGAAGACCGUGAGAUCCAGUUUUUAGUGUUGUGUAUGGAGAUAACUGAUGAGAUCAAUCUGGGUUUGAAAGUUCCUUUUUAAAUGUUUAGGGAUACUGAUUUUUGAGAUUCUCUUUUCCUCUUUGCCUCAUCUAUUCUAGCUUCCUCUUACGAGCAAGCACUACUUUUUAUGUUGCUAAGCCAAAAAGGACAAUCCCAGUGGGAUGUGUUGACAUUGAAACUAUUAAAAGGUUGAUGUGAAAGUGCUUCCUGAAAAUGUUGCAAGCGAUGGCUUCCACCACUUUGAGUGAGAGCAGACUGUGUGAUAGAUUGUUGAAUUGGAUGUGUUCUGCAUUUUAUAAACUUGACCAUUUUUCACAUUGUUGAGUAGAUGUUGCUUCUUAUUGCAUUGGAUUGGCUUUGCUAGAGGUACAGCUAGUUCUGGAGUGAAGGUCUUCAAAAUCUGUUGCCUGCACCCAAACCCUUUGUUGUAUCCAAGGCUCUCAGCUGCUUUUGAAAUCUUAUGAGUAGAAUUGAAUUGGCUGGAAACUGGCUUUCUGAUAUUGCAGAUCUCAAAAGGAAGCUGCAAAGGGGCAUCUCUUGGGACCUAUAACUGAACGUGGUUGCAAACUCUUCAGUCUUGCCAUUAGUACUUGUAUGGUGGAUCCAGCCACCACUGAUGAUUGGGAUCUUCUUGAAAUCACUUCGCUGUGUUAUUUGCCCAGAAUGAUAUCGAUGUAAUAGUACUGUAGGCCCUUGACCCCAUCUAUUGGUUGCAGGAUCACAUACCUCUGUGUUUCAUGUUAGUUUUGUUUAGCACACAAGUGUGGCAGUCUCAUUUUGCUUUUUUAGAUGUGCUUGAUGUUGCUCAUAGGAAGUCAUUCUGUACUGCUCACUGAAUCAGUUGAUUCACUGACUGGAUAUCAAGGUUAUAUUUCUACUGCUGUUAAUGAUCCACAUCAUUUCAUGGAUGCCAUGAGUAUAUCCUGAAUAGCCUGCUUGUAAUAGUGCAUAACAUGAUAGAGGAUGUUCUCAGAGAAAACAUGGAGACUUCAUCCUUACAAAGACUGUGGUGAUGAUAAUGACAGAUGCAUCUGCCACAGUAGUUUAAAGGUGAGGUUGACUAGAUUUAUCAUUUAUAUUGUUUCAUUCACACCCUGCUACUAACUCAGUUUGGGAGUUUAAUGCUUCUGGGUUAUCACUAGGGGUCCUACCAAGCCACUCUGAUGAUGGGCAUUUGAAUUCCCACCAGAGAAUAUGCUGUGCCUUUGCCACGCCGUGCUUCUUUUAAGUGUUGCUCAAUGUGGAUGAGCACUAAUUUAUCAGCUAAAGGAGGACAGUAGGUGAUAAACAGGGGGAAGUUUCCAUGUCUGUGUUUCACCUGAUGCUAUAAGACGUUAUGGGGUCUGGACUCAAUGACAAAUCUCCAAAGGCUAUUCACUCCCACCAGUUUAGCACUUUGUGUCAUACCUGGUGGAGUUUCCUGCUGGAGAAACAGAACAUCCCCAUGAAAUACAGUAGGAGAUUCCUGGUAAUUGUCCUUAAGUUCUAGGAUAAAGGACUACUUGGCAUUUUUCUGAUGUUCCUUGCAAACAAGUUUUUGGAGAUUGUUGCAGGCUGACUCCAGCAAGCCAUCAUAUCUUUCUGCGCUGAUCAUCAGUCAGAUAUCACCCAUGCGUGGGCUACCUUGAGUCUUGCUGGCUUGUGUACGUGCUAACUAGCAGGGAGAAUUCAGACGGCAGCAAGAUGGUUUGCUGCUAUUCCGUCUGUGCAAAGUAGGUCAAGCUCAGAAUUUGAGCCCAGGAUAUUGGGUCUUGGGGCAGCUAUGUUUGUAGAUGAAACAGCUGUUUGAGCACAGGGAAGUCUACGUACAAACACUCACGUCCAUCACUGGCCAAACUGCUUUUAUUUAAGGUGGGUUUAGUUUUUAGCUUGACCAAGCUAAUCCAUCCAUCAUUGCUGCCAGUUGCCCACAGACCCUUUUGUUGGAGUCCAUUACUGACCGCAAUGCAGUGGCCAUCAUGGAUGCCUCCUUGUCAGCAUGACCAUCAAGAAAUUCACUAACAGGUAUGUUCCUCUAGCGCAGAUUGCUCCCACUUUAUUUGCUAGCACUUUGCAUUGGAUUACUGAGGCAGGCUUUCGGUGAACUAACUGCUGCUGAGGGUACGGGAUAGUAAUGCACAACACUCUCCCAAGUGCCCUCUGCUUUUAGACUCAGUCACGCAUGAUAAAUGUCUUCCUGAAACCAGAUCUUUCCAUGAGCUAUUUCUUUUGUUCUUUUAUGUCUGCAUUUUGUUAAAAGCCUGACUGUAUUCUACUUUGUCCAUUUUAUCUGCUUUCCAUAUAUUUAACUAUGUAAACUAGCAGCUUAGGUAGGAGAUCCAGAUUGUUACUAAUAUCAGUCACAUUUUACAUUUCCUCUUGCUUUACUUUCUUUUUUUAGAUACUGAUCUCCAGUGGUGAUUGUUCUUCAAUGUUGAGUCUUCUGACAGUUGGUUUCCCAGCAGACCAAUAUUAAUUUACAAGUCUCUGCCAAAUUUGUCAUGUUUUGAUUCUCAACUGUGACUGUGCUUACCAAAUUAAUUAAUUAAUUGACUGAUGCUUUAGUUGUUAAUCUUCAAUUUUUGUUUCUUUUCUGCCAUUUACCAUUUUUGUACACUGUAGAAUUAUUAGUGCUUUUAUAUUGUAUGUCUUUUCCAAUAGCUUAUAUUCACUAUUUAUAUAGCCCGUGUUCCUGUCUUAUCUUUUAUAUCUCUGUGUGUUACUUACAAAUCUCAUCCCAACCACACACCCCCACCUCCCAAAAAAAUUGGGUUCCCUUUAGAACAAUGAGAGAAGAUACAAGUAUAGAUGUUAGCAUCUGGAGUUGAUUGCAUUAUUACUUUGAGUGAAUUCGUCUCCCAUUGGCUUAUUAUGCAUAAAAUUCUGCAACCUAUUAGGUAUAAAUUGAAUUUGAUGCAAGUUGAGUUUAUGUGAUUUUCUUUUGGUUGUUUUAUUUUCAAAAGAUCUUUUAGAAGCACACCCAAGUCAUCAAAAUAGCCAGAAAAUGAAACAAAAACAACAGGAUUUUGGCAUAAGGGAUGGCCAUUCAGAUAUAAUAUAUGCAUAAUGUGUAGAGGGCUAGGAAACUCUGGAAUUCUUACCGCAAAUGCUUUGUCAUUGACUAUAUUUAAAGCUGAAAUCCAUAGAUUUUUUAGAUGUAAAGUAAAUGAGUGAAUACUAUGUUGAUUCAAAUACACUUGAUGGAUCUAAGAUGUUGUUUUCUCAGUAUUGUGAAGUAUAAGACGGAUCUGCAGUUCUAAAGCGUUGCAGCAAAUGUUGAUAGGUUAAGGGAAUUGGUAAACAUGUUUGUUAUUAUAAAGUAUUUGGUAAAGUAAUUAGGGAGAAACAGUUUGUGCUGUUGUGCAGCAGAGGACAUUACAAUUGAAACUAUGUACAGGCCAGUGGAGGAAGAUGGGGAAAUAAUGAGAUGCUCUUUAAAAGACUGCAUGUGUAUGAUGUCAGAAUGACUCUGUUCAUUUUUGUCUGUAAUCCAUCAACUUGGAUAAUGGAAAAGAAAUGUACUUGUGAGGAACUAUUUUAUGUGCAUCAGAGGGAUACAGUGUGUUGGCUGUUUACUCAGUUAGACUAGGAUAAAUUUAGUUGUUUCUGCUUUUUCCAUCAGUGGAAGCAAAUGCUGUCGGUUGACGGGGGUGGUGGUGAGGGAGUGAGACUGGCUUCUGCUUAACUAACAUUUCUAUAAAAUUGUUGAGACUGCUUAUAAAUUGACAAAGUGCCCCUACUAGAGUUGUCAAUAGGAACCUAAAAGAUUGCCACCCAAAUGAAGGUAAGCAUUUGAACUGUUCUAUUUGCAAGCUGUAGGUGAACCUGUCAAUCCAGUGAGACAGUUGCAUCUCUCCGUAUACACAUAACAGAAUACGUUAGCAGGAAAGCCUUCCACAUUUGGGGAAUUUUCUCUUGCUUUGCUUUGGGUAGUGUCCAUGUGGAAUUUGCACGUUCUCCCUGUGACCGUGUGGGUUUCCCACCAUGCCACAAAAGCAAAUUGCCUUGUGGUUUGGUGAGUGAUGGAAUGUAGAUGGGAGUUGAUAGGAAUUUAGGAAGAAUAAAAGGAUUGGUAUAAAAUUUUGUGCAAAUAGGUGCUUGUUGGUUGGUGUGGUCACCGUGGGCCAAAGGACCUAUUUCUGUGCUAUUUGACUCUGAUUCUGAGUACUCCAAGCUGUUUCACUGCAAAGGAUUACCAAAACAACCCACUUUAACGAAUUCCCAAAUUCUCCUUGCAGAAAUCUAAUGUUCUCACCAGCCCACCAGCACAGACUAGGAAUCCCUAGUAUGUGACUGAUCAGAGUGGAGGAAGAGCAUCUGGGAAGGCACUUAGUCUCUUUCACAGGAGCACACGUGGCCAUGUGUAAACAACACAGAGUUGAAAAAUAUCCCAAACAGCCCAUCCACCCAUCCUGCCUGUGGCCAUGUGAGAUUCAGCCAUGUCCAAGCCUACAAAAUAGAUCAGAGGCAACAGGUCAGCAGAAUCAUGGUUAAUUUCUGCUACAGGGUCCCCAGCACAUUAGCUGUUGCUGGGAGAAUGGAUUCUUCCCAGUGUUGUAAAACAACAUGAAACCUAAUGUGAUACUCUUGUAGUCGUGGAUAUUAACUUCCCAUAGAUCUUUCAAAGGAAAAGAUGAUCUAUUCUUUCAAAUCAUAGCACUGGGAGAAGGGAAAGUUAGCUGUUGCCAUAAAAAAAAUCACCUUUGAUUUGCAAUUAAGUAUGUUUACAUGCUCAUGUCCGGCAUCAGCAGCAUUGUACUGAUUUUAAAAAUAUGUAUCUGAUUUAAUCAGUUCAGUAUCGUACAUGCAUUGCUUGAAUGCUAUCAAUGUUAUGUCCUUGUACUCUGAAGGUUUAUAUAACAAAGCAUAUCUUUCUUCCCCCCCCCCACCCUACCCUUCCCCAUUGCCCCAAGCAUCUCUUCAUAAAAGCUCCUCCAAUUUCACCUCGCCUCCCCACGCCAACCCAAUCCACAGUUCAGUAAGAAUUUUCCAAGGGAGCAGUGUGAAGAGAUGUUGCCCUCUGUUGUACUUUUUCGCUGAUCAUGUGCUCUUGUUUUGCCUGUUGCAAAGCAAACACAUUCAGAAUGUGAUGACUUUUGUUUUAAACUGCUGUGUGGAAUCCAGAAGUGCAAGUAGCAGAAGCUGUUUCAAAGCCUCAUCCAGACAGGAGUUUAUCCUUGCCUCUGAACAUAAGAAGCAUGGGUGCAAGUCAAGAGAUAGGUGCAUGUUACAACACAGUACAUAUUCUGGCUCCAGUGUUGACAUGAGUGUGCAUAGUACUGGUAACACAUCCAUACACGCAACAAUUAUGACAAUAUUGAAAGUAUUGUGGAUUGCUGAUGCUCUAAAUUUGUUAUUUUCCUUCCCUGAAAAUGGAUGCAUUCUGUACAAUUAGACUGAAGAAUUGAUUCUUUUUACUUAAACCAGCUAAGUGCCUUUCGAGGUCAUAUUACCAACCAAAAAAGUGCUCCUCGUCCUGAAAGAAGUAGCAUUUUAUCUUUUCUUGGUGUUGCUGUGAUAAUGUGGGGCUUGUGAAAUGCUGAGGGAGAUGGUGCUGGUAUUCUGUAUGCCUCAGGUACAGAGAUGUUUUUGGUUAUUCGUGGGAAAAGGCAAUGGCUUCUGAUUAGCACUAACUGCAGUGUCACAACCUAGCACAAAAGUCUUGGCUGGCAUUCUUGGUACUGAAGAAAUACUGUCUCAUGAAUCUGAGCUGUCGCUGCCCUUAUGGAUAUAACAUAACCCCUGGCGUAUCCUGAGCAAGGGAAUAUGUUCCCUGUGUCCUCGGUCACCAUUAAUGAAGCAUCUGAUGAUUAUCACCUUUUUAAUUUGUGGUACAUUGCCUUGGCCUCAUUGGCUGCUGCGUUUCUAAUAUUAAAACACUGACUAUAUCUAAGGUACUCCAGUGGCUAUAAAGUGCUUUGGGAUGUCCUCAGAGGUGUGCGUGUGCUAUAUUAAUGCAACUCGUUUUACAGCUGAAAAUCCUCUCUGGAAUUGGCCCAAGAUUGACAGCGUUUUGAAUAGUAAUGUAUGGUUUUUAGAUAUUGUAGAUAAUUGCUCAACUAAUAUGCUACUUAUUUACAGCAGCAGCACUGAUACAAAUCCAUGCCCACUGUUCAAUUUGCUCUAAUGCAUGAAAAGUUGCCUAAUUACUUCUCAUGAAAAUUUUUUUUGCUAAGCUUAUCUGAAGGAUAGAUUAAACUUGGGCUGGUCCCAAACACAGGAUUGUUUAAUCAUUCAUUACCUACAUAACAUCAGGUAAAAGUAUAUAACUUGUUUAACUAUUAAUAUUUGUAAUACUGAAUUAUAUUGCCCAUAUUUUCUUUGUAACCAGUAGAUUAGGUUGACACAUCAAUAUUGAAUCACUUAAACCGGGAGUUGCUAAUUCUUGUGUAGCUAAUAAUUCCUAAAAAAUCACUACAUGAUCCAUGAUGUAUUUUCUAAUGUGCAAGAAGAAGUUGUAUGCAGUUUGUUAAUAAACUUAAUGUUUUUGUUUGUGUGGUGUGCUUUGAUGUUCUGUUUUACUAUCUAAUGGAGUAUACUGCUAGUAUUGCCUGAUAUCAUUGGACUGCCCAUACACAGGUUAUGUGCAGGUGGGUGGUUUUGGAAUUGUAACCCUGCACAGUUCACUGUACAAAGUUAUAUAUUUUUUUUGCAACAGUGCUUAUACUAGGAUUUUGUUAUGGAUUUUCUUUUAUCAAAUCCUCAAAUAGUCAAGAUAAGUUAGAAUUUGUGUUCUCUGCACUAAUUUUCCAGUGGUGGUUAUUAUUAUUGCACAAAUCCAACCUAUGUACAUUUAAAACAGAUGUACAAAGGCAUAAGUAUUUAAAGUUAGAAUUUUAUUUAUUAGCGAUAUAGUCUGGAAUAGACCCUUCCAGCCCUUUAAUCCACAACACCCAGCAGUCCCUAAUAGUCCCAAUUUAACCCUAACCUAAUUACAGGACAAUUUGCAAUGGCCAGUUAACCUACCCUGUAUGUCAUUGGACAAUUAACCUACCCUGUAUGUCAUUAGACAGUGGGAGGAAACCAGAGCACUUGGAGAAAACCUGUGCAUUCCACUCCACCCACAGAGAACGACAGAAUAUUUCAUUUUCAGGUGCAUUAACUUGCCCUUCCCCUUCGCUCUAGACACUUGGCCUUGUUCUUUUCAAUAGAAGUUGAAUAUAUGUCAAAAAAAUCAUAUAAAGAUAAGGCCAUUGUAUUUCUUUUAUCUACACAAUAUCUUUGUGGUAUUAAGCUUGGAAGUAAUGUAUGUUACUGGCUAGCGUACUUUAAUGUACCAACUAAGGGACAAUUACUUUAACUCCAAAGUAUCGUUGGUUGUUCUAUUGACUUAUAACAUCUGUAUUGUGAAUAGUGAUUAAA